CCCCCGCGCCCGCCGCCAGCCCGAGCGCUGCAGCGCGGGGCCGCCAUGCGCGGGGGCGCGGCGCGGCUGCUGCCGGCGGUGCUGGUGCUGGUCCCGGUGCUGGCGGCGGUGCUGGCGGCGGGGGCGGCUCCGGGAACGGCUCCGGUGCAAGGGCAAGGCGGGGAGGAGGCGAUCCAGUGCCCGCCGUGCUCGGAGGAGCGGUUGGCUCGGUGCAAAGCUCCGCAGGGCUGCGCCGAGCUGGUGCGGGAGCCGGGCUGCGGGUGCUGCGCCACCUGCGCGCUCGGCCGCGGCACGGCGUGCGGGGUGUACACGGCGCGCUGCGGGGCAGGGCUGCGCUGCUACCCCCCCCGCGGCGUACCCCGGCCCCUGCACACCCUCAUGCACGGUCAGGGCGUCUGCACCGACCUGGCCGACGUCGAAGCCAUCCAGGAGAGCCUCCAGCCGCCAGAGAAGGAGGAGAUCGACCACCCCAACAACAGCUUCAGCCCCUGCAGCAUCCACGACCGCAAAUGCCUGCAGAAGCAGCAGGCGAAGCGGGUCAACAACGGCAACAAGAUGCGCAACAGCGGGAGCCCGUACCACCGCGAGGAGACGAGGCCCAUAGCGCAGGGCUCGUGCCAGAGCGAGCUGCACCGGGCACUGGAGAGGCUGGCGGCCUCGCAGACGCGGACGCACGAGGACCUGUACGUCAUCCCCAUCCCCAACUGCGACCGCAACGGCAACUUCCACCCCAAGCAGUGUCACCCGGCGCUGGACGGGCAGCGGGGCAAGUGCUGGUGCGUGGACCGCAAGACGGGGGUGAAGCUGCCGGGCUUCCUGGAGCUGAAGGGGGACUUGGACUGUCACCAGCCGGCGGACAGCAUGUGAGCGUCACCGCGGCUGCCCCGCUUCGCGCCGCGGCCGGGACGCCCGCCGGGGCUGCGUAGGACUGGAGGAGAAAGGACACGGCCGUCAAGCAGCUCCUGGGGCUGGGGGACCCCCACACGCGCCCCCUCCAUCCCCGCUGUGCUCUGCGCCACGAGCUGCCCAUGGCACGGGGCACGGCGCCGCGACGUGCGCCAUGGCCACUGCCCGCCACCCCACGGGGGGGUCCCCGGCACAUGCUGGUGGCAUCCACGUCCUGCACGGACACUUGGCGU